AUGCUCUCACGUGCUUGUCCUCAGGCCGAAAAAGCUCUCUCCGGCGCAUCCAGCGGCUUCAGCUUCUUCGGCGGCCGCACAGAAAAGUACGAGAACGCCGCCGACCUGUACAGCCAGGCCGCGAAUGCGUUCCGAAUGCAGAAGCAAAACAAGGAAGCCGGUCUCGCCUUCGAAAAAGCCGCCUCCAUCCAGACCCAGAACCUGAACGAGCCCGAUGACGCCGCCAACACCCUCCAGGAAGCCUUCAAGGUUUAUCGCAAGACCGACCCCGAAGACGCCGCCCGCGUGCUGUCGACGGCGAUCCAACACUAUGUGCUUAAGGGGAACCUGCGGCGCGCGGCCACGCAGCAGCAGCAUUUGGCCGAGGUGUACGAGGUGGAGCUGGGCGAUCAGAAGCAGGCGCUGGAAGCCUACGAGAAGGCGGCGGAGUGGUUCGAGAGCGACAACGCCGAGGCGCUCGCCAACAAGUAUUUCCUCAAGGUCGCCGAUCUGUCCGCCCUCGAAGGCGACUACCACAAGGCCAUCGAUCUGUUCGAACGCGUCGCCCGCUCCUCCAUCAACAACCGCUUGAUGCGGUACUCCGUCAACGAGUACUUCCUCAAGGCGGGUAUCUGCCACAUGGCUACCCGGGAUCUGGUCUCGGCCUCCCGUGCUCUUGAAGUCUACUCCGAUAUCGACAAUCAGUUCCCCACGACGCGCGAGUACCAGCUGCUCAGCGACUUGGUCCAGGCGAUCCAGGAGGGCAACGAGAAGGAUUUCUCCGACAAACUGUUGCAGUAUGACCGGCUGAGCCGGCUGGACAAGUGGAAGACCACCCUUCUGCUGCGUGUCAAGGACACCAUCGAGGGUGGGGAGGAAGAAGAAGACUUCUCGUAG